GUCGGUAGCCGCCGCACGCGAACGCUAGGCGCGGAGUUCAGUGCCGGGAUUCAUAAUAAAUAAAACAAGUGAUUCAGAUUAUUUUUUUACUUUAUGAUUUUGUGAUCUUUUAUUUUGAUCACGAGUGACGAUGUGACUGGCGGUUACACUAUACGAUCGACUAACGAGACAGCACGCGCCGCCGCCAUGGAGAACAUCAUAGCUCUGGACUUCACUGAGUCUACACCACUAAACUUCUCCCAGUUUGACUUGAGGGCAUUGAAUCAAACCAACAUCACAUCAAGCUCAAGUUACAUCAGCAGACGGCAGUUAUUUGGGAUCGUCGUGAAGAUCGUGUACGCUAUAGGAAUAAUUGGGAACACUAUAGCUAUCAUCGCUUUGAGGAGAGGAGAGAGGAGGGUCCGCAACAGAAAGCAUUUGCUGCUGCUAACCUCGCUGGCGGCUAACGACGUCGUCGCCUUGGUCGGCAUGAUGUGCACGAUGGUGGUAACGGAGCAGGUGCCGGGAGUGAGCUCGAAGCAGUGGCUGUGCAUGACCAGGGUGGUGCUGCGGAUCUUCGGCAUCGGCAGCGUGUGCAUCGCCGUCACGAUGGCGCUCGAGCGAUACCUCGCGCUGACGAGACCCUUCUUAUAUCAAAAGCAAGUAACGUACUACGUGAUCCGGAUGGCGCUGCUGCUGUCCUGGCUCUGGGCGGCGCUGCUGACGUGCGCGCCCGUGUUCGGUCUGGGGCUGUACUACGACCCCCGGCGCGGGAAGUGCCUGCGCUACAGGGAAGCGCAGUCCGCGACUGACUUCGCCUACGCUAUCAUCUACGUUAUCUUUGGAACCCUCCUCUGCGUAAUCCUGGUGUACUGCAAUCUCGCAGUGAUCAGAGCAUUGUACGCGAUCACGGCGCCGCGUGCCGGGGGGCAGCCGGUCGUCAGACGGGUGUCCAAGAGCAGCUGCAGACAGCGACAGCGAAGCCUCAACUCCGGAAACAACCUGCAGUCUAUGAACCACAACGCAGCCACGGCUGAGGAGGUGGCUUUCAGUAGACUCAUGGCGACGCUUUCGGUGCUGUUCAUGAUAUGCUGGCUACCGCAAUUGGUGACUUCGGCUCUGUACUUGUCGCUGGGCCCGCCCGCGUGGCCGCGGCUGGGUCUGCUAGGCGAUCUGUCUGAUGUCCUGAUGCUGCUCAACUACGUGCUCAAUCCCAUAUUGUACGUGCUCAUGAGGCAACGUCGAAGAGUAUCUCCCUCCACUCUGUGUCACAGCAUCGCGCAUUGUUUUAAGAGGAGUCACAAGAGAUCAACGGAGUCAGUGUCGAUGAAAACAUCGUGUUGCCCACAAGAGACGGUGAUGGUGAGCGACAGUUCUGGCGCGGAGAUGCGACCUCUGCGCGGGCACGCUGACAACACCGCGCCCCUGCUCACACCCACACCUCACAUCAUCAAACUAGAAGACUAGACGACCAGACCACCCAAAGAACAAAUCAUCUGACCUAAUUGAUUACCUGUACAUCUAGAAACUCUUAUUAUAUCGACGCUUGAACGGCAAACGUGACUAAGCGACAAUAACUGCUUUAUUUAUUUAUUCCAUUCAAUACAAAGUCA